AUGUCGGGCGACGAGGACUUCUACCUCUUCGAGAACGUGUCCUCGGUGGGGCCCUGGGACGGCCCCCAGUACCACAUCGCGCCGCCCUGGGCCUUCUACCUGCAGACGGCCUUCAUGGGCUUCGUGUUCUUCGUGGGCACGCCGCUCAACGCCGUGGUGCUCGUGGUCACCGUCAAGUACAAGAAGCUGCGGCAGCCGCUCAACUACAUCCUGGUGAACAUCAGCCUGGGCGGCUUCAUCUUCUGCGUCUUCUGCGUCUUCAUGGUGUUCAUCUCCAGCUCGCAGGGCUACUUCAUCUUCGGGCGGCACCUCUGCGCCCUCGAGGGCUUCAUGGGCUCCACGGCGGGGCUGGUGACGGGCUGGUCGCUGGCCUUCCUCGCCUUCGAGCGCUACAUCGUCAUCUGCAAGCCCUUCGGCAACUUCCGCUUCAACGCCAAGCACGCGCUCGUCGUGGUGGCCGCCACCUGGGUCAUCGGCGUCGGCGUCUCCGUGCCGCCCUUCUUCGGAUGGAGCAGGUACAUCCCCGAGGGCCUGCAGUGCUCGUGCGGCCCUGACUGGUACACGGUGGGCACCAAGUACAAGAGCGAGUACUACACGUGGUUCCUCUUCAUCUUCUGCUUCAUCGUGCCCCUCUCGCUCAUCGUCUUCUCCUACUCGCAGCUGCUGAGCGCCCUGCGGGCCGUGGCCGCGCAGCAGCAGGAGUCGGCGACGACGCAGAAGGCGGAGCGCGAGGUGUCGCGCAUGGUGGUGGUCAUGGUGGGCUCCUUCUGCGUGUGCUACGUGCCCUACGCGGCGCUCGCCAUGUACAUGGUGAACAACCGCGAGCACGGCCUCGACCUGCGCCUCGUCACCAUCCCUGCCUUCUUCUCCAAGAGCUCCUGCGUCUACAACCCCAUCAUCUACUGCUUCAUGAACAAGCAGGUGCCGCGGGGCGCCUGGGGACACCCCGGGCUGGUGGCAGGGA